UGGAGACUACCGCGCUAUGGACACGUUUUCUAGCAUGCUACACCGCAGAAAAGCGUAAAUGGAAAUACAUGAAUAAAAGUCUUUCUUCAGUCCCGUGAGAAUCUGGAAAUAACGUAAUGACCCUUCAACUUAUGAGUUCCAGCAAAAAUUUCUAUGUUGGAACUUUAACAAUGAGUGAUCUCCUUUUGUUCGCGGAAAUUACAGGGUAUGAAGUCCGUACUGUCAAAUAUUAACGUUUAGUGUAAUUAGGUGUUUCACUUACUUUAAUAAGUGAAGUAGGUACUUUGGAGUCUUCACAGGCUACGCACAGGAACAAUGUGUACCAGACGCGAUCAUUCGGGAUGCUCCAGAUGAACCCGUUCCGUCUCUUAUGAUGAAUUGUAGUCCCAGGUUCUGACAUGAGAUGAACCCAAAACAGCUGGCAGCAGCGACUAAAUAGAAGUCUGUGGAGGCAUUUCCUAAAUCAAAGUUAAUUUGAGAAUGAGGAAGUAUGCAGUCAUCAUUAUCAGCAUUGUGGCACUUGUCAUCAUUGAGAAAGAAAACAACAUUAUUUCAAGGGUCUCGAAUAAGCUGACACUUAGACAGAGACCACAGACGGAGCCUCCAGUGCCCUACAAUGCUUCCAGUGCUCUGGUAGUAAUGGACGACAAUGGUUCCUAUCCAGAGGACAUGUUUGCUGAGAGCGGCAUUCAGGCAGGCCGAAAGCACAUCCUCUUGAUGGCUACCACUCGUACAGGAUCUUCCUUCGUGGGCGAGUUCUUCAACCAACAAGGUGGCAACAUGUUUUACCUCUUUGAGCCUCUCUGGCAUGUGGAGAGGAUGCUGUCGAUUGGCUCGAGUGGCACAAAUGCCAGCAUUUCUGUUUUGGUGUACAGGGAUGUCCUGCAGCAUCUCUUUUUGUGUAAUUUCUCCAUGUUGGAGCACUUCAUCAGCCCUCCUCCACAGGACCACAUCACCCCUGCCCUGUUCCGCAGAGAGUCUAGCAAGGCCCUGUGUGAGGAGCAAGUCUGCUCUCCAGUUGUCAAAGAUGUUUUUGAGAGGUACCAUUGCAAGACGAGACGUUGUGGGCCGCUCAAUCUGACCUUGGCAACUGAGGUGUGCCUACGAAAACAGCACAUGGUGAUCAAAACAGUGAGGGUCCGACAAUUAGACACACUUCGUUCUCUAGUAGAGGACCCUCGGUUGGAUACCAAACUCAUUCAGCUGGUUAGAGACCCUCGAGCCAUCCUGGCAUCAAGGAUGGUGGCCUUUGCCAGUAAGUACCAGAACUGGAAAAGUUGGGCUGUGAAUGGAGAUGUUCCUAUAGAGGACGAAGAGGUCAAGCGUCUCGAAAGAAACUGUAACAAUAUCCGCAUCUCUGCUGAGUUGGGCUUGAGUCAGCCGAAAUGGCUGAAAAACCGCUAUAUGCUUGUGCGUUAUGAGGAUAUCGCCAGGUGCCCCAUGCGGAAAGCAGCAGAAAUGUACAAUUUCACAGGGAUUCCGAUGACGUUACAAGCACGGGACUGGAUUCUCAAAAACACGCAUGCAUCAACCGAGGCAAGUGGCGUGUAUUCCACCCAAAAAAACUCUUCAGAACAGGUGGAGAAAUGGCGGCUUAGUAUACCGUUCAAACUGGCCCAAGUUGUACAGAAAGUUUGUGGACCGACCAUGAAACUUUUUGGGUAUAGGUUUGUAGACAGUGAACAGACACUGUUGAACAGAUCUUUUAAUUUGCUUGAAGAAAAACUAUUUAUUUAGAGAUAGAUUGUAUUUUUGAUGCAUACAUUGUUACAGGAUAACCAAGCAUGAGAUUUGACAAGGUUUUAUUUAAAUAUGUGGACUAACAAUUUGCAUAGGAAAGACACACGGGCACAUUGGGAUGUUGCUUAUACUGAGGUACUUGUGGCAUGCAUCACCUGAUUUAUUUGAACAUAAAGCCUAACUACAGAUUAUUAGAUUAGAUUAGAUUCAACUUUAUUGUCACUGCACAUGUAAGGUACAAGGCAACGAAAUGCAGUUAGCAUCUAACCAGAAGUACAAUAAGAACAGUAUGUACAAGGUCUAAAAUAUGUACAAUAACUAUACAUAUAAGUAUUAUGGAUAUCAUUUAC